UUAAAAUCGGUAAACAUAAAACAUCACCAAAACAAGUUGGCAGUUGGCAUUACUGACGUAAAGUUAUUCGAAUUUCGAAAUUCAUAACGUAUCUUUUGUUGCUCGUGCGCUCUCGAAGUUUUCUUUGUGCGUUCUUUAGAGAUUAUUGAAGAUAAAGUGAAUUUAAUCAUUAAAACUAAAUUGGAAAUUGAAAAGUUAUUGCGCUUUUACUUAAAUCUGUGAAAAGUGUUGAUUUGUAACUCAAAACAAACCAAUACCGGCUUAAACAAAUUGUCAAUAUGUCACGAGAUAUCUAUUAUUCAGAAAAAUAUUACGACGAAGAACAUGAAUACAGGCAUGUAGUAUUACCCAAAGAAAUGGUGAAACUCGUACCGAAAAACCAUUUGAUGUCUGAACAAGAGUGGCGUAGCAUUGGUGUACAACAGAGUCAAGGAUGGGUACACUACAUGAUGCAUCAACCAGAACCCCAUAUUUUAUUGUUCCGAAGAAAAAAGACAGCACCACAAAAGAAGUGAAGGAAUUAUUAAUUUAAUUAGUGUAUUUAAGUUGUAAUUGUACAGUUCUGUCAUGAAAUGUAGAUGUAAUAUUAGUUAAGGGUUGCUUAUAACAAACUCCACAGUUAUUUCAUGUUGAUUAUGAAAUAUGGAGGUCCAUGUUUGUGCCAUGACAGAACUCGAGUUCCUGUGUACUUGUGAUAGUUACAAAUUUAUGUAUACUGUGUCUAAAAGAUGAAUGUUGUAACACUCCCACCAAUAAUUAUCAUGAAAGAUGCCCACCUUAAUAUUAUAACUGAUAUAUAUAAUCGUUUUCUUAGAUGACGCUGGUAACUUGUAAAUAAAAAUCACAAAUUGGCCUCUUACAAAUCUCUAGAUCUAUUUUAAUGUGAUUAAUUAAAAAUUAACGUGUUUUUUCCGUAAAGUCUUGUAAUAAUUCAAGAAAAUUUCAACCACAAAUUAUCCAUGUGAUGUGUAAGAUUUGUAUUGUUACUUUGGCAUUGUUUUGUGCUUUGUCAAGAAAAAUUGUUUCAUUAUGUUUGUUAUGAGCAAUGAUAAUGAUCUUCAUUCCAUAUAAGAUUAACUCUUAGUCAUUAAUUUCUAAGUUUCAUUGCUUGACCAUUACAUUUUACUUUAUCAGAAUUGCUUAAUUUUAAGAUAAGAAAAUUUGUGUUAAGUUUGACAAAAUAUUCAUUUAAUGUAUUGCAGCUUUUAAUCCAUGCAGCAAUCCCAUGUUAUAAAUUGAAUCAAUGAUUUGAUGUGAGCACAACAGUGGGACCCUGUUUUUUGAAUACAAAUCAAAUUGGGUACAAAUAAAUUAUUUGGUGCUAUGUU